UUUCCCACUCGUUCUUCUCUUAUCUAUCUUCCCCACGACUUUUUUUUCUUUUCAAAACCCACUCUUUCUAAACAUAACGCUCUCUAGGUAACACAUAGUAACAAAAAGCAAAACUCAACUGUUUAUAGUUUCAUGGCCUUUUAUGUUUGAUUGCUUCUCUUUUUCUAGUACUAUCCCAGAAUAAGAUUUUGUCAGCUGAACCAACCCCAUAUCAGUAUCUGUUGUUUGUUAAUACUCCAACAAGUCAAUAAGGGAUCAAACUACAUAAUUUCCCUUUGAAGCUUUGGAUUCCAGCCAUGUUUGACCUCUUAUUCGGGUGGCGUAAGGCUUCAAAGUGCAAGAAACUGAUCAAACAGUUACAGUGCCGGCUUAAGUUGCUGAAGAACAAGAGACAUGCAAUAGUGAGACAAUUACGUGAAGACUUGGCUCAGCUUAUUAAGAUUGGCCGUCAAAGCAUUGCCUUUCAUCGGGUUGAGCAGUUGAUCAAAGAUGAAACAGUAAAUGAAGCCUAUGAAUUGCUGGAAAUUUUUUGUGAUUUCAUUCUCAUCCAAUUAUCAUACAUUCGGAGACAUAAGGAAUGUCCAAAUGAUAUUAAUGAAGCAAUUUCUACUCUCAUAUAUGCCUCUGUAAGGUGUGGUGAUCUACCUGAGCUUCGGAUGAUUCGACAGCUCUUUGAGGACCGUUAUGGUCAUAAAUUUGCAAUGGUUGCUCUCGAAUUAUUUCCUGGGAAUCUGGUUAACCGGCAGGUGAAAGAAAAACUUUCCACGCAGUCAAUUUCUGAAGACUUGAAGCAUAGAAUGGUUAAUGAAAUUGCCAGAGAUUAUUGCCCCAGACCAGAGAUUUUAGCACUUGAGUAUUAUUCUGAUUGGGAAAAACAACAGAUGAAGCUAACAGGUAGUGAAGACCAAGCACUGAGUGCAGAUGUUCCAACUUUUUAUGACAUAUCUGAAAGAUCAGAAUUGCAUGCUUCAAAGCUUGAAAAAGUGGUGUUUGUUGAUUCACCAUGUCAUUCAAAGUCUAUUCAAGACCUCAAUAUACCUGCUUCUGCUGCUGCUGCUUCUUCUUCUUCUUCUGAAGAACAGAAGGUGUUGCCAACCAUUUUAGAGUCUCAGGCACAGAAAGAAGAGAACUCUGAUGAAGGAAAUUCUCAACAUGGGAAAGGAAAUCUUUUGGGGAAAAAGGAAGACGGAAGAAGUGCUACAGCAUCUUCUUCAGAAAGCUUGCCAAAAUUUUAUGAAGACACGGUAGUUUAUAUGGAUGACAUUGAAGAGUUUCAGUCUUCCACUCCAAAAGAUGAAGAGUCUCAGGACCAAAGACUAUUCAGAUUCAAGUCUUCCAUCCAAUUCAAGGAGAGUUCUCUUAACGACCGUGAUGAAUUGGAGAACGAAAAGGUUAAGUCAAACUCACAAAAUUCAGGGAGAACUAGUAGUUUCUCUAGUAAGAAAAGAACAAGGAGGAAAUUGGUAUUUCAUGAAAACGAAUCCAUAAAGGAUACUAAUAGCCUUAGUUACUAUGGUCAGCAGCCAUCCAAUAAGCAAAGAUCUUAUCAUCAGCAACUGCAAAGAAAGCAACAGAAGAAAACUUCAGUUGAUGAAGGUGAUAAGAGACCAAACCAAUUAUGCAACACAGAAAUGGGAUUUACUUUUUUGCCAAGAAACCGUAGAUGUUAUCCAAAAAAACCUGAAUGCAGAUGCUGUUCCAGCCACAAUAUGAGACAUAGCUGCAGCAGCUUGGAAAGUCCAUGCUAUUUUUUUGCUGAUGAAGACGAUGAUGAUUGUGAUUCUCCAUCAUUCCGGAAGCCAAAGAAUUUGUCCAGCAGUCAUUAUAGCAGAGACCAUAAUGGAGAAACGGAUGAAGAGGUAGAAAGUAUCAUUUCACCUCAGAAACCAAGGAGAAGAAGCUAUGAAAGUAAAUCUAUGGUUUAUGAUGUUUUCACCUACCCAGAUCACCAAAUUCAAAGCCAAAACUAUGUCUUGGAAGAAAAGGAGGAGAGGUUUGGUUCAAGAUGGGGUAAUGGAGUUUCUUGCAGGACAAGAAAAGAUUCAGUUCCACCAUAUAUUAGAACUGUGACAAUGCCUCCAGAAAGGCCUAAGGAUAUUUCCGAUGAAAACUUUCAAAGAUCCAAGUCUUUCCCUAUUCAAACUCCCAACCAUGUUCAUCCAAAGUUGCCGGACUAUGAUGAUAUAGCCGCUAAAUUCACGGCUCUCAAAAAAGAGAGGAGCUGCCAGUGACCUUACUGAGUUGUUAAAAGGCUGCACUUCAUAGGACAUUUUUUUAAUUAACAUUUUUUCAUGAUUUUUCUCUCAUUUUUUUCUUUUCUUUUGAGAGAUUUUGAGUACUGAUAUUAGCUGGUUUAUGUUUUGAGUUUAUAAUAGUCUUUCCAUCCUUUAGAAUAGAACAUUUAAUUGUUAUUAAAAUGUGUCACUAAUAUCUCAGUGUGUACAUACAGAUAAUGGCAUUGAUCUUUUUGAAUAUUUGAAUAUGGAUGAGUUGGUUUCACCACAUUCUAUCCAACUUCUGUUUUUGCAGUGCAUAUAAUAAAAAUCAAAAGAGAAGUUUGUUUGGAACCAACUUUUACCUUAUUGUUUGGAUCUUGGAUUUUAGGAGGAGAAAAAAAUAAAUUCCAAAAACAUUUACUUUCUCA